AUGCCAGGCACAAAACAGUUUUAACGUGUGACUGAGACCCCGGAGCCUGGCAAGUGGGAGUUGUCUGGGUAUGAGGCAGCCCUGCCCAUCACAGAGAAGUCAAACCCACUGACCCGGGAUCUGGACAAAGCAGAUGCCAAGCAGAUUGUUCAGUUGCUGGGGCAAUGUGAUGCUGAGAUCUUCCAAGAGGAGGGACAAGUCAUGCCACAUGCCAGGUGACCCAGAACCAUCCCCUGGACACUGCAAUGACUCAACAGUGAGUCAACUCUGACCACCAUGGUAUAAGUGGCUGGAAAAGUUCAGGAAGUGCUGAAGGAGCCUGAGGGGGGCACUGGUGGGGCUGAGUGGAGGGGUACCUCUGGCAGGAUGGCAUUCCUCAUGUCGGUCUCCUUUAACCAGCUGGUGAAAGGUCUAGGACAGAAACCUCUUUACACCUACCUCAUUGCAGGAGGUGACAGGUCUGAGAUGGCCUCUAAGGAGGGGACGGAAGAUAGUGCCCUGGAUGGGAUCGAGGAACUGAAGAAGUCUGUGGCUGCUGGGAAGAAGAGGGUGAUUGUCAUUGGCAUUUCAGUGGGACUCUCUCCUCCCUUUGUGGCAGGCCAGGUGGACUACAGCAUGGAUAACCCAGCCGUCCUUCUGCCAGUCCUGACUGGUCUCAACCCAGUGAGCGUGGCCAGAAAUGACCCCGUUGGAGACUGGAGUUCAACACUUCGACAAAUAGCAGAGCAGAUGCAGAAACGCCAGAGAAAACAGAAAGCUUUUGUGCUCAAUCCUGCAACUGGGGUGAGAUCUGCCCCCACCCCUACCCCUCACACCCACCUCUGGAUGGCUUUGCCACUUAGGGCCUCUGAUUUUAGAUGCCUUCUGGAAGUCCUGCAGACAUUUGAGUGAGCUCAUCAGGUGACCUAGAGUCAACGCCUCAAGAUCACCGCCCUGAUGAAGCAAGUCAGCACCAGCCUGGAGAAAAAAGGCUGAGUAUACCUGGUUGGCUGGCAGAGCCUGGGCAUCAUUGCCACCAUGGAUGGACUGGAGUGCAUCCACACCUUUGGUGCUGAUUUCCAAGAUGUCCAUGGCUUUCUCACUGGUGAUCACAGUGACAUGUUUAACCAGAAGGCUGAGCUCAUCAACCAGGGUCCCCAUUUCUUCUUCUCCCAGGAACACUUCUUGACUUCCAUCCUGCCAUCCCUUGCAGAAAUUGACACUAUGGUCUUCAUUUUUACCCUGGAUGACAACCUCAAGGAGGUGCAAAUGCUGGUGGAGCAGGUGAAAGAGAUGACCUCCAACAUCCAGGCCUUGGCACACAGCACUGUAGGGCAGUCCCUGCCGGAGAGGACCCCUCUGAAGAAGCUCUUUCCCUCGAUCAUCAGCAUCACAUGGCCACUGCUUUUCUUCGAAUAUGACGGGGACUUCAUCCAGAAGUUCCAGCAUGAGCUAAGCACCAAGUGGGUGCUGAAUACGGUGAGUACAGGGGCCCAUGUGCUUCUUGGGAAGAUCUCCCAAAACCACAUGUUGGACCUCCACAUUUGCAACUCCAAGCUCUUCUGGCGGGCUCUGGCCAUGCUACAGCGGUUCUAGGGACAGCCCAAGGCUCGAUGCAUCGAGAGCCUCCUCCAGGUGAUCCACUUCCCUCAGCCACUGUCGGAUGAUAUUCGAGGAGCUCCCAUCUCCUUCCAUGUCCAGGUUGCACACGAGAAGGAACAGGCGAUCUCCAUAGCCUUGCUGAGCCUCCUAUUCCGGUGCUCCAUCCCUGAGGCCCAGGCAUACCUGGCUGCAGCUCCCCCUGUCCGUGAGGCUUUCAGGAGCUCCCUCACCCGGCCAGAUUGGAAGCGCAACGCGGACCUCUUGGAGACCCUAGAUCAUGCUGUGCCGUGA